UCGGGGCUGAGCUGCCUGUUAAGCGGCGGAGGGUCAUGUGGGGGUAUCUGCUCGUCGUAGCGCUGCUGCUGCUGCUGCUGCUCUUUGCGGUCUACCGGGCGCGCGGCGGCCGGCGCCGCUCCCCCAACCCUUUCCUGGCAGAUUCCAGGCGGCCGCCGUCGCCUUUGGUGACCGACAAAGAUGCGCGGAACAAGGUUCUUAAACAAGCAUUCUCCCCUGACAGAGUUCCUGACCACCUGGAUGCCAUUGUCGUUGGGAGUGGCUACGGCGGCCUGGCUGCUGCUGUGGUCCUCUCUAAAGCGGGGAAGCGUGUGCUGGUCCUGGAACAGCAUGGGAAGGCAGGGGGCUGCUGCCAUACCUUUAAUAAGAAGGGCUUCGAGUUUGACGUAGGUAUCCAUUACGUAGGGCAGAUGCGGGAAAAUUCUUUUCAACGCAUGAUUGUCGACCAGCUCACAGAUGGACAACUCCAGUGGGCUGAGAUGGACUCUCCCUUCGAUGUAGUUGUUCUGGGAGGUCCCAUGAAUGGCAAGAAGUUUUACAUGUACAGUGGGCAGAAGGAAUAUGUUGAUGGCUUAAAGAAACAAUUUCCAGAUGAAGCUGCUGCGAUCGACAGAUUUGUGACGCUUGUGAGGAGAACUGCCAAAGGAAGUAGUCACAUGGCUCUUCUGAAAAUGCUCCCGAUGCCCUUGGUCAGAUUUCUGAACUCUACCGGCUUGCUGGGCUUGAUCUCCCCAUUCUGUAGGAUGGUAUCCAAAAGCCUUUCGGAAGUCAUUGCAGGGUUCACGACAAAUGCAGACCUGAAAGCAGUGUUCAGCUAUAUCUUCCCCACCUACGGAGUGAUUCCUACAGAGUCCAGCUUCCCUCUGCACGCGCUCAUUUCUGAUCACUACUCAAAAGGUGCCUGGUACCCUCAAGGAGGUGCCAGUGAAAUUGCAUUCCACUCCAUCCCCAUAAUCGAACGGGCUGGAGGGGCUGUCCUUACCAGGGCACCUGUGCAGAGCAUUUUGGUGGAUUCCCAAGGGAAAGCCUGUGGUGUAAGUGUUAAGAAAGGGCAGGAUCUCACACAUCUCUUUGCUCCUGUUGUGAUUUCGGAUGCUGGAAUUUUCAACACCUACGAGAGGCUCCUGCCAGAGAAAUUGCGAGCUUUGCCAGCUAUAAGGAGCCAACUGUCCAUGGUGCAGCAUGGUGUAGGAGGGUUCAGUGUCUUCAUAGGACUCAGAGGCUCGAAGGAAGAAUUGGGACUGGAAGCCAAGAACUAUUACGUCUACAAGCACAACAACCUUGAUGAAGCGUUCACAUCAUACCUGAAUUCCUCCAGAGAAACUGCUGCAAAUAACUUUCCUUUUGUGUAUAUUGCCUCUCCAUCGGCUAAGGAUCCCCUGUGGGAGAAGAAGUACCCAGGCAGGUCUACUCUGGUCAUUCUGACAGCUGCAAAAUAUGAAUGGUUUGAGGAAUGGAAGGAUGAGAGAGUCUCUAAGAGAGGAACGGAGUAUGAGGAUCUUAAAAAUAUUUUUGUGGAGAAACUGGUGGAAACCGUUCUUGGAAUUUAUCCUCAAGUACAAGAUAAGAUUGAGCAUAUAUCUGCAGGGACUCCUCUCUCCAACCAGCAUUAUAUAGCUGCUCCACGGGGAGAAAUGUAUGGAGCGGAACACUGCCUCUCUCGCAUGCAGGUUGAAGUCAUGGCAACAGUCAGACCUCAGACCCCCAUCCCGAACCUCUACCUGACAGGCCAGGACGUUCUUGUCGGGGGCUUUGUGGGAGCGCUUCAUAGUGCCCUGGUCUGUGCUUCUGCUGUCCUUCAACACAACCUCUACAUCGACCUCUUCCAGUUACACCGAAAAAUCAAAGCCGAUCAUUUCAAAAAGAAAAACUGAGCCUCUGCUUGCUGAAGGUUCUCCGUUCUCUGCAGAUAAUUUUGGAAGUUGUUUGCAUUUGACCUGCGUUUGAUGCCAAGUGAGUCCCCAAAUGAGCCACGCCUUGAGUUCUGCUGCUGUGCUCUGCAGUUUUUUUUGGCUGUCAAGCUUUAUAGGAAGAAGUCUAGCAAUCUCAUUGGACCUUCUACGUGCAAAUGUUUCUGUAUGCCGUCCAUUGAUUUAUACAUACACCCCUAUGAAGAAAGUAUUCAGGAUUUACAUUACAGAAGAGUGAUCAAGUACGCACUUCCUCCGUAUGUAUUGGAUACUUUAACCUGUGCUGUACAUUGUAAACAGACAAGGGAGCCUGAAAAUGAGCAAGACUGUCUUCAGAAAAAAGAUAAGAUUGGAGGUCUCCCAUACUGAUCCAGAGUAUUUUUUAAAAGGUUUUAACUGUCUCUUAAUGGUAGAAUGAGCUGGGCCUUGUAUACCGAAACGUUUACUGGUAUGGGCAGAAACGUCAGGCUGCCAAACGGAGGGGAAAGUACUCUGUUGGUUCUGACUUUCUUUUUGAAGACUAGACCACUUCUCACUUGCGGCCUUUAUAAUUGCCUGAGUGAGGUACCCCAGACUUCCACGCAACUUGUUUCUUGGAAUUACAUGCCCUCUUAUGAGCUCCUGCGUCACUGGAAUAUGCAAAACAGCCCGAUGGUAGGCGACACCAGCCUGAGGUCCAAGAGCCCCCAAGAGAUGGCGUACCCUUCCUUACUGCAAGGACUGCCAGCCGUUAGAAUGUGAGCCUUUCCCCAACAGGGUGUAGAUUCUAACGUUGUUCUGAAAUUGUCAGAUUUAUCUACUUUCUACUCUCCCUUCUGUUCCCCUUGCCUUGUGAUUCUUUUAAUAUGUAAGCCUGAGGGCAGGACCUGUUUGUUCGUUUUUUAAUUGAUGCGAUGUAUAGGAAACAGUUAUCUGAGAAAUGGUUUGUCUACCUGUGGGAGGAAAAGAUACGGGAGCCCCUUGUCUUUUCCCUUGAAGGUUGGAUAGUGUCAAGGGAUUGUGUUUUUUUUAAAGUCAACAAAUGGGACACAGGGAAAGGGUUAAGCAUGUCCUUUGUCACCUGGUUCUGCUUUUCAAUUCAGCCUCCGAGGCUGCUUUUCAGUUUAAAAGAAACCGAGGGGUGGGGGGAGGACACACCUGUAACUCUGUAUCAAGUCUAGUUUAGCCUUGAAUGUGCAGGAUGCUGAUAUUCCUUAUUCCCAGAAAGUGUAAAUGUUUAUGGCACUGACUAAUAAACGGUUCUUGACUAAUGAA